AUGCCGGCUGGAGAGGGAAAGAGUGACAUGGAGCGUCUGGGAAUGUUUCAGGAGAUGGGGUAUGUAUCCAUCGGAGAUAAGUACGUCCCGGCCAGAUACAGACCCUUCAACGAAGCGGCGGGGCGCGGCCGUCAGAUGCAGACGGGGGGGCCGCGACUGAGCAGCUCGCUGCAAAUCGGCUUCUUUGAAACCACCUUCCAGCGGAUCUUCGAGAGCGAGGCGCUGAACGAGCCGCUGAAGAGGGCACGGCAGCAGCGCCUCCAGCAGGCCCGGAGGCGCGUGGGCGCACUGUUCCUGCCCAGCGACGGCCCCAAGCAAACCUGUGGUUCGGGCAGUUACUACGGGACUCUGUCGGGGCCAAUGAAGGCUAUGAGCACCCAGGCCGUCCCCAAGAAGGGCCUCCCCUCUCCCGGGCGCAACAUCUACACCUCCCCUCCCAAGAAGGGCGCCGGCUCCAGCUAUCCCAACGUCACCCUGUCCAAGACGGACCUGUACACCCCCGACCGCUACGACCGAGCCAAGGAACUCCUGCAGAGCGAGACAGCAACCAACCGUUCAAAGUUCAAGAGUGGUCCCUUUAAACUCCACCUCCACCCUAAAGUCUAUUUCCAUGAAAACCCAUACUUUAGCAACAAGCACAUCCCACCAGCGCAAAAGCCACUCCCUGCAACAAAACAAUUCUUAGUUCCAUUCAAACCUACCUCCCCUACCAAGCAGAUAGGGGGCAUGAAGGCGGGGACCUUUGACCUCUACCCGUCCCAUUCGGCUGACCCCUACAUGCCUGGCCGACCCAAACAAGCGAACCCUGGGCACCCAACAUUUUGGCCAGCUCCUGGUCCAAAGAGCUCCCCUGUCAAGAGCAUCGUAACCCUGAAUGUCAACAGAGUGGUGAACUCUACCAACUAUGCCGCCCCCAUCCCCCCCAUUAUGACCGUCUGAUGGACCUUAUGCAUGCGAUGCUGGGCAACAGGGGUCGACUCUUUUCCCGCGUCCCCUUACCACAUUUGGACCAUAGAGAACGUAAGAUGAAAACAGGAAUAUCUGUUGGUUAUUCUUUGCUACAAAGUGUAGUGAGUGGUCCAAUACUUCGUAAUAUCUGUUGGUUAUUCUUUACUACAGAGUGGUCCAACA